UACAGACAUAAUGCAGACAACGCAAGUGCACCUUUUGUUCAGCAGGGGGCGACGUUGUUCCGUGAACUCAAAUUCAAUACCAGCGCUGAACAUUCUUACCAAUGUCUGCAUUGUAGUGCAUCUCGAAUAAUGAGGAUGAGGAACAAAGUUUAGGCUGGACUCAAAGUACAAUUUAUAGACUAAAAUUUAAAAUCACUUUCACUUGAAUGCACAGCAUUGCCACUGAAGUUGCUGUUGAGUAGGAUGACUCUCAGAGCAGCGCUUCCUAAAAGGUAAGUCAUAUGCGAAGUAUACAUCAGUGUAUAGAUUCUUUGAAAACGUUCAUACACAUAAAUCCCUUUGUGAUAUGCAGGCAGCCUAAUAAAAGUCCCUUGGUACUUUAUUAAUGAGCCCCACCUUAUCUCUCUUUUCACGCCAGUUCAUCAGUCUGUCUCCUCCCAGGUUGUCCUAAACAGCAGCAGUGCUCCGCCUCUCUUUCUCCUCCUCUAAAAGCUGUUCACACCCGUCAGCUGUUCACUAUUGAGACCUGCACGCGCAGCGACGGAGCUGCUCUAUGACGAUACGAGCGGAUGUAUCUGUGCACCGUGGUCACAAAGAUAGAGGACCUCAAGUAGUUUUCUGUGCAAUUCAGCAAAAUAGACCAAAUUGCAUUUCUAGGCUUGCUGCUUACGUUAAAAGCAAGUGGAUUCAAUUACUCCUCAUUUGUUUAUUUUGUGGUUUAUCCACGCGACAUUGGACGCUGUUACCAGAGCGUCCAGCGCCGCCAGUAUUGUGACUCUGUACGCGUCGCGUUGUGGCAUGUUUGUGGGCCAAAGCAGAAGGAACUGAAGUCCUCAUUGCUCCUGAACAGGAUUCAAUGAAAAUGUCAGUCUGCGUCCACGAGAACCGCAAGUCUCGUGCCAGCACAGGCUCUAUGAACAUCUACCUGUUCCACAAGUCCUCGUAUGCAGACAGCGUGCUAAUGCACUUAAAUGCUCUUCGUCAGCAGAGACUCUUCACUGAUGUUCUGCUCCACGCGGGAAGCCGCUCUUUCCCGUGCCACAGGGCUGUGCUGGCCGCUUGCAGCCGCUACUUUGAAGCAAUGUUCAGUGGAGGGCUGAGAGAGAGUCAGGACAGUGAAGUGGACUUCAGGGACUCCAUUCAUCCAGAGGUAUUGGAGCUCCUUCUGGAUUAUGCGUACUCCUCAAGAGUAAUAAUAAACGAGGAGAAUGCAGAGUCUCUCCUUGAGGCUGGUGAUAUGCUGGAGUUUCAGGACAUCCGUGAUGCCUGUGCCGAGUUCCUUGAGAAGAACCUCCACCCAUCCAACUGCCUGGGCAUGCUGUUGCUCUCGGACGCUCACCAGUGCACCCAGCUCUUCCAGCUGUCCUGGAGCAUGUGCCUCAGUAACUUCCCUGCUAUUUGCAAGACUGAAGAGUUUCUCCAGCUGCCCAAGGACAUGCUUGUCCAACUGUUGGCACACGAAGAGCUCGAAACCGAGGACGAGCGUCUAGUCUACGAGUCGGCACUGAACUGGGUGAACUACGACCUUGAGAGGAGGCACUGUCACCUUCCGGAGCUGCUCCGUACUGUGCGUCUGGCUCUCCUGCCUGCAAUCUUCCUCAUGGAGAACGUCUCUACAGAGGAGCUCAUCAUUGCACAGGCUAAAAGCAAAGAGCUAGUGGAUGAAGCCAUCCGCUGCAAACUGCGCAUCUUGCAAAAUGACGGCGUCGUUAAUAGUCCUUGCGCCCGGCCACGUAAGACCAGUCAUGCCCUUUUCCUGUUGGGUGGCCCCACGUUUAUGUGCGACAAGCUCUACCUGGUGGACCAGAAGGCCAAAGAGAUCAUACCAAAGGCAGACAUCCCCAGUCCACGCAAGGAGUUCAGCGCCUGUGCCAUUGGCUGCAAAGUGUACGUGACAGGGGGCCGUGGCUCAGAGAACGGUGUGUCUAAGGACGUUUGGGUGUAUGAUACAUUACAUGAGGAAUGGUCCAAAGCAGCUCCGAUGCUGAUAGCACGUUUUGGUCACGGUUCUGCUGAGUUACGCCACUGCCUUUAUGUUGUUGGAGGUCACACUGCUGCCACUGGCUGCCUGCCUGCAUCACCAUCUGUGUCUUUGAAGCAGGUAGAGCAGUUUGAUCCAGUUGCUAACAAGUGGAGUAUGGUGGCUCCGCUGCGCGAAGGAGUUAGCAAUGCUGCUGUCGUUAGCGUAAAGCUGAAGCUAUUCGCCUUCGGAGGGACGAGCGUGGCCCACGACAAGCUACCCAAAGUUCAGUGCUACGAUCCCUCAGAAAAUCGCUGGACAGUCCCGGCGUCCUGUCCACAGCCGUGGCGCUACACCGCAGCUGCUGUUCUCGGCAACCAGAUAUUUGUAAUGGGUGGUGACACCGAAUUCUCAGCUUGCUCUGCCUACAAAUUCAGCAGCGAAUCUUAUCAGUGGACUAAAGUUGGAGAUGUUACGGCCAAACGAAUGAGCUGCCAAGCGGUGGCCUCUGGAAACAAACUUUAUGUGGUGGGUGGCUACUUUGGUACACAGCGCUGCAAAACCCUGGACUGUUACGACCCCACGCUGGAUGCCUGGAACAGCAUCACUACUGUACCAUAUUCCUUAAUCCCCACUGCCUUCGUCAGCACCUGGAAACACCUCCCAGCUUGAAGCAUGGGUGUUCUUCCCUGAGUGACUCUACUGUCCUACAAGAGUUCUUUGUGUCUAUUUGUCGUUAUUGUCCUCUGGGUUCCAACUGUGAAGAAACGCUAUACCCUUCCUGUGCAAUUUUAUGAAGAGACUUUCUCCCAUAAGAGCUAAAUAUUGUGUAUGAAGUCCAGUCUCGAAGCUUUUUUUUUUUUUUUCUGCUGCUGCUUCACCAGUUCUUGCUUAGAAGUUUCAAGUACACUGUCAUGUCAUAUCCUACAUGUUGUGGAGCAUCAGAACAUGGACUUCACAGUGAAAACCAAAAGAAUUGCAGCGUACCCUGAAACUCCAGUCUGUUUCCAUCGUAACCAGCAUAUUCAUAACCUCUGUCCGCCACAUUUGUGUACGCUGACCGUUUUCCUACAAUGCUGAUGCCAUGCAAGUUAAAAUAGACCCGUAUGCCUGUCUUUAUUUGUAUACUGCAUGAAGGAUGAGUGGAAGCUUUUUCAUUGGGAGAUCAACAGGACCCUCAGUGCAUGAUUGGAGAUGUUAAGAUACUCCAGGAUAAGUACCUCAUGUCCUGAUAUGCGUCUAUAUGUAUGUUGCUGACUUAAAAUUUGCUGAUGUAAAAAGACUGAUGCAGACUUUUAAUGGACUGAUAAACAUCCUAUUUUGUUGGUUUAAAAAUUAUAAGGAUGGAAGGAAACAUGAGCCUUUGUUUAAAAGGAUUUGUUCUUCAAACGUCCGUAUGAGGAGGACAGGCUGAUACUGAACUGUUCCUGUUGAACAGACCUUAGCAGCUUGGUGUGAAAAAUGGACACUGCACAGUGUGUCCCAAGGUACGUGUGCCAGCUGUGCGUUUACAACUAAGUGAGUGUGGAAGAGUCAUGUCCCAGUAUGUUCAUCUGAACAAGAGUCCAUCUGACCCCACUCGACACCCGAUCAUACUCCCACCCCCUCCAAAAUAAACAACCAACAAACAGUACGAGCAUGCCCACUGAGAAACCAACAAACACUAUCCUUCCAGCUUCUGAUGACUGACUGACUACACUUCAAUUGUACGAGACACUUCUGUUUUGCCAAUUUUGCCUGUACUAUUCUAAGCACAUACAGUCAUGUAAACGUGAAUGACAGGAGAGAGAAAAGAGGUGAGAGUUGUUUCAUCACCCUGUGAAGGAAUGCAAUCUCUAUUGCAAGAACAACAGAACUGUAAAUUAAAAAAAAAAAAAAACAGGACAAGAAAAAAGUGAAAGAAACUGGUUGUCUGGCUUCACCUAUUUCAGUGUCUAUUAAUAGUCUUAAUUUAUGAUUUGUUUUAAGCUGUUUGUUUUGUUUGGUUCAUUGUGUAUUAACAAUAUUUCUGUUUUAUUUAUUGUUAAUUUUUCUGCUUGCGUACAUGUUUGGAUGUAUAGAAGCUGACAGGUUUUUGUACUGCGCAUGGCUCAAAAUGCUCUGUGUUCCUGCUGCUCUUUUGCACAUUUACAUAAGGUCAUUUUGACUGAGCAGGUGGAAUUUUUUUUGUGGUCAGCAAACUCCAUGAGCCUCUUGCUCAUCUGAUCAAAAACAGGGAGGCUUGGGGGUCAAAGGUCAUUGACAGGAUAAGAAUGGACCCAAUGAUGUCACAGGCUCAGAUUACCCAGGGUAAGCAGGUCAGCAGUUGGGGGAGUUGGGAAGUGGUUUUGAAAGUUUGGAGGACGGCAAGGAAAGUUCUUAAAAAUGGAGGGGCAGUUCACACAAAAAAGAAAAAUGUCAUCUUGUAGUCAUCCUCAGAAUGGUCAUAUUGGAGUGAACUAUCCUUAUAAACAUAUGGGUCCUAUAGAUGAAGCAAUUGAAAUGAUCUGAUGUGCUUUAAGAUAAGUUCAUCUGGUUGUGAUGGUGCUCUGACGAGCAUCAACUGUUUGUGAAGUCAUUAUAUAGUUUGACCUCAAGCUUCCAUUUAAAAAGCUUUUAGAUCACUUACUACAACAUGAGUGUAGUUUAGAAAGUGCUUUCGACCAGAGGCCAGUGCCAGAUUCACCCUCUGUAGCCCUGGCCUGCAUCCUUCACUCUGUCAUUACUGAAACUCAGACUGACCUUGAGUUUCUUUGAUUUGUGAGGUUCCUGUAGAGCUAACUGAGGAAUGUGACAUCCGCAGCUGCUCUCAGAACAGCUGGAACUUUCACCAGCUAUUUGUAACUUUGACUGUCCCUUACAGUUCAACAGUGUAGGAAUAUGUCACAGACAACUUGGUGGAUGCACUCUUUAAAAAAAAAAACCUUGUUCAGACUGUCAUUGCUUUUUCAUGUUCUCACGCCACAUAAAAAUUAAAACGUAUCGGAUGUUGUUUGUAGAAAAUUUGCUAAACUUCCUUGAAGAAACAAGGUUGUGUUGUUGCGAAUAACAAGUAAAGUAAAAAAUGACAUUGUACUGCUAGUCUACCCACCUCUUUGAGUUUUGAGACUGAGACCACAGCACGGAAUAAAGCUGUGCAUGCAGCCCGAUAAGACGUUAUCUUGUUAUCCCUUAUAAUAAUCCAUCGCGAUGGCAACAUGUCGUCAUUUUGUAAGACAGCAUCUGGAUUGCUCUUGUUGUUUUAAGCAUAGACAUCACAUCAUGACAUCAUUGCCAUAGAAACCAAUGCAGAUAUUGAGUAAAAUGAAAGAGCAACAUGGACAAAUUGCGAACUGAGCAGUAGCCCUACACAGCGUGGACAGUCAGUCAUAUAUUUAGAUCGGAUUCCAAUCGGAUAUGAAUAAAACGAGGCUGAAAAUACAGGUUACAAAAUGAUUUUUUUCGCAGUGAUGCCAUAGACAAGCCAUUUUGGGUUCCCCAAAUAACUUUUCAGUGGAUAGAUGCUUCCAAGAAUCAGUUUUUUUUCCUACAUGGUGUCUACAUUAGACACGAAUUACGCAUUGCACAAAAGCAAACAAGGCCCAUUAUAAACAGGUAUUUGUGCUAAUUCCGACAACAGUAAAAAUAGAUUCUCAACUUUUGCUUUGCAUUCAUUGUAGACGGCCUUUUACCUGUUAGUGUUUUCCCUAUGUAGAUGCAGUGUUUGUAUGAAGGAUGAUUAUUUUAAUAAUCUAAAGAACCGAAGUUGUCAGUAAUAAAAUGAAAUACAAAUAACAAACUUUAGUUUUAAGAGUGGAUGUAAGUUGUCUGUGACAUAAAAAAGUGAUGAUUUCAUUAGGCAAAUUUAGUCAUGACCAAAAUGAUGUUUAUUAUAAAGCUAAAUCUCGAAGGUCUCAAAAUAAAAAUAAAAGCCCUUAGUGCUUUCAUGUCAAGGCCAAAUGCACUUCCUGUAGAGAGGAUCUGUCUGUUUGAAUGUCCACUGCAGCGUGAUAUAGUGACAACAGGUUUUGGGUUUGUUUGAAUAACACCAUGGCAGUUUACUACACUAUAGCUUUUGUGACAACACUGUUCUACAUGCUACAAACCAAUUAUAUAGCUUUAUAUUAAUAGAAUAUAGUAUUCUAUGUUGUUCAAUUGCACAGCAACUAAGUGGAAGAAAAGCCCUGAGAGGAAAAUCACUAUCAAGCAUUCCUCCCAAAACCCCUCUCUUCUCCUCCAAGACAUUUUUGCAUACAAUGUUCCGAUUGGCCUUUAGGGUCUUACAUCCCCCUCCCUCCCCCUUCCAGAAUACCUUUUCACAGGACACUGCAUACUCUGAGCUCCAGCCAAUCAAAAAAAGAAAACCCUGUCUGCCCCCCCCCCCCCCCUGCACAGAACAGUUGCCACAGCGAUGGUCAACAAUCCUUGCAUUUGAACUAGUAAUAGUCAAGUGUUUUGUUUUUCUCUCUUCUCUCUCUCUCUCUUACUCCUUUUCCCUCUUUUCUCCUGCUGAAGUGAAAGAUUGAUUCAGAGGUGACUCAUAAGCCUGUGUGCAUUGAGAACUCUUAAACGCUGUAUGCCUUCACAGACGCAUUGCUAAACACUGUCAGUGUCGGGCUGUACUGUUGUUUUUGUGGGUGUCCUUUUUCUUUUCAUUUCUAUAUUUGUUGUAUUAUACAAUUGUUUUGUUAUUUUAUCUCAACCACUGCGGUUAACAUUAUUUUGUACAAGUGAUUUUUUCACAAUGUGAAAUCCAUGGCUUAAUAAAGAGAGUUUUUCCUCUUGAUAGAUAUAAAA